ACCAUGUAUAAUCAGAACUUUAAAACCUCUCUAUUUAUACCUAUGAUGAGAAAAACUCAACAUAACUAGCAUGUGAGAAUACUUACCUCCAAAUUUUAGAUGUGCUAAAAGUUCCAUAAUCCGAUUCCAGCAGAUUCCAAGUGGUGUACCAGAAAUGGCAACUGAAGCAGAUAUUCCAGCAACUGCAAUUCUAUGUGAAACAAGAAAGGAGCAAGGUGGCAACAUAGCUGAUGCUGCUACCAAUAUAAUGAUCAAUAAAAUUCCCCAAGAAGAAAAGACCCAAGCUGAUACACGUAAUGAACCUCCAACAGUUGAGGGAGACAAUUUUUUAGGAACACCCUUGAUUGAUAAGGUUCAUUGUGAAGUAAGUAGCAUUUCACCAGAUGCUAGUAUGGUUGCUGAAAAGCCAGAUCAGACAGUGAAGGAUGACACUGAGGUUUUGCUCCCUAGCAAACCUAAAUUAGGUGACCAAACAUUAGAAAUUACUGGGAGUCAAGAGAUUUGCUCAGAAAGAAUCCAACAGAAUGCUGAAGAAUCAAAUGACUCGGAGAAAGGUGAGGACAGAGGCGUGUUACCAGUAGAAUACAGCAUGUAUUCAGGAGAGAUGACUUCAGGAAUGCAAGCAGGAGAUAUACUUCAUGAUCCUGAUUCAGACGAUCUAAGAGUGGAGACUCAGCUGUCUAAAGACACAACAAGUGAUCAUCAUUGCGUAAAUGAUUCUAUAGCUAAACAGAUGGCGCUUUCUAAAGAGAACUUGCAGGAAGCUAGUCUCCUGGGAGGGGAAAAGGAUUUUAAUAUCCAAGUAAAGGAAACAAAUGAUGCAAACGGAGAUGGAGAAAAGACAGAAGAGGAUAUUUCUCUCAAUCUAACCAGUGAUGUGUGUAAAGAAGAAUGCCCAAAUGACCAAAGUAAGAUAAACCCAGAACAGGAGGGAUCAGACAAUGAAAAAAGAUUUGCAGAGAACUUGGACAGGAUAGCAGAGAAAGUCAGUCAAGAAAAUAGUACACUAGCAGAUGCAACUUCUAGCAGUGACAAACCACUGAGCAAGAAUGAAUCAAAUUCUUCUUUCAGCCAGGAAGAUGACACGGCUGUGCCAACAUCAGAAGGCUCUGGAAUUCUGUUAGAAAAUAUUGUGGACGAGAGCCAAGUGGCUGUAGAAAGUCAGUCCAGAAACUUGGAAGGUUUUGUUACAACCCAUGGCAACACAAAUAUCACAGAGAAGACUGAGGAGUGCUCAUUGGUCCGAGUUGAUGGCUCAGAAAUCCAAUGUGAUGAGCAAUUAGAACAGGAAAGUAAGGAACUGCCAGUGCCAGAAGUAUUAACAGGUGGCACUAAUGAUAAUGAGUCGGCAAUCAUUGAUAAGGUGAAAGAUGAGGAUGAAGACCUCGAAGAAGCUGAAAUGUACGGUAUUGAGAAAAAUAAAAGAAUUAAUCAACAGAAGGAAGAAGUGCAAGUGGAGAAGCCUGUGGAGUCCUUGAACGUAGCUCCUGAGAAUAUUGAAGCAUCUAAUCUAGGCCAGGACAACAAAACAAGUUUUCAGGAAGAGCAUAGGACAGAUGGAGAUCAGCAAGGAAUGACGAGUGACAAUUCCGAGGAAAAAACAAUUGAUACAGUUGACACAAAGAAGGAAACUCUCGAGAAUUUUUCAACGAUUGUUUCAAUUCCUCCAGAGGAGGGAAGUAUAGAUGCAAAUUUACAAGAAGUCGCAAGUGACAGUACAUCUAAAAAAUUGAUUGAUGAGCUUGACAUACAAAUGGAAGUUCUUGAGAAAUUUUCAACUGUUCCAAAUGAGCAAAUUGAAGAAAACUCAAUCAUGAAAGUGGAUGACUCAGAAAUGAAAGAUGAAGAGCAUCUAGAAAAUCAAAUCAGAAAAACAUCUUCGCCAAUACCUUUGGCAAGGGAAGCCAGUGCAGAUGAGUCAACUGCUGAGCAAGAGACCCGAAUUGAGGAUGGAGAAAAAGCUGAAUUAUGUGAAAAUGAAACAAGUCCAGAAAAUAUGAAGAUAGAACCCAAAAUAGAGAAUCCAGAAAAUUCCUUGGAAGUAACUUCUGAGGAUAUAAAAGCAUCUAGUUCGAGUCAAGAAAUAGAAACAAGAGAUUCUGGCGAGGAGGAAAGCAUAGCAGCAAAUCCACAAGGGAUCCUGGAUGAGAAAACAGACAAAGAAAAAGUUGGUGCAGCUGAAUUAAAGGAGGAAAUUCCUGGGGUACAGAGUUUUUCAACAAAAGUCUCAAUUACUCCAGAGGAGGGAAGCAUAGAUGCAAAUUUACAAAAAGUCACGAGUGACAGCACAGUUGAAAAAAUGAUUGAUGAGCUUGACACACAAAAGGAAGUUCUUGAGAAAUUUUCAACUAUUGUUUCAAAUGAGGAAAUUGAAGGAAACUCGAACGUCAAACUGGAUGAGUCAGAAAUGAAAAAUGAAGAGUGUCUAGAAAAGGAAAGCAUAAAAACAUCUUCGCCGAUACCUUUGGCAAGGGAAGCCAAUGACAAUGAGUCAACUGCUGAGCAAGAGACUCCAAUUGAGGAUGCAGAAAAAACUGAAUUAUGUGAAAAUAAGAUAAGUAUAGAAAAUGUGAAGAUAGAACUCAAAAUAGAGAAACCAGAAAAUAACUUGGAUGUAACUUCUGAGAAUAUAAAAGCAUCUGAUUCUGGUCAAGAAGUAGAAACGAGAGUUUUAGCCAAGGAGGGCCUAGCAGCAAAUCCACAAGGGAUCCUGGAUGAGAAAACAGACAGACAAAUAGUUGGUGCAGCUGAAAUAAAGGAGGAAACUCCUGAGAGUUUUUCGACAAUUGUAUCAACUCCUCCAGAGGAAGGAAGCAUAGAUGCAAAUUUACAAAAAGCCAUGACUGACAGUACGGCUGAGAAAAUGAUUGAUGAGCCUGACAAACAAAAGGAAGUUCUUGAGUAUUCAUUCUUGUUGCAGAAUUUUUCAACAAUUAUUUCCAAUGAGUAUAUUGAAGAAAACUUGACUGUCAAAGUGGAUGACUCAGAAAUAAAAAGUGAAGAGCAAUUGGAAAAGGAAAGCAUUACAAAAUCUUCGCCAAUACAUUUGGCAAGGGAAGCCAGUGAUGAUGGCUCAACAGUUGAGCGAGAGACUCCAAUUGAGGAUGGAGAAGAAGCUGACUUACGUGAAAAUGAGACAAGUAUAGAGAAUAUGAAGAUAGAAUCCAAAAUAGAGAAGCCAGAAAAUUCCUUGGAUGUAAUUUCUGAGAAUAUAAAAGCAUCUGAUUCGGGUCAUGAUAUAGAAACAAGAGUUUCUGCUGACGAGGAAAGCCUAGCAGCAAAUCCACAAGGGAUUCUGGAUGAGAAUACAGACAAAGAAAUCGUUAGUGCAGCUGAAAUAGAGGAGGAAAAUUCUGAGCUACAGAAUUUUGCACCAACUGACUCAAAUGAGAAGACCAACGAGAGCUCAUUGAUCCAAGGUGAUGGCUUACAAAAGGCAGAUGAGGAGCAUCUAGAAAAGGAAAGUGAAAAACCAUCCUCCAAAGAAGAUUUCAAAGGGAAUACCAAUGAUGAUGAGUUAACUUUAAUGGAUGAUGUCAAAAUUGAGGAUGAAACCCCAAGAAGAUCACAAUUGUUUGAAGAGAAAAAAAAUAUAGAAAACGCUUUGCUUAAAGAAGAACUGCAGAUAGAGAAGCCUGUAGAAUCCUCCAAUACUACCAUUGAGGAUUUUCAAGUGUCUGAUUCGGGUCAACACACAGAAAAAACAGGUUUCAUCGAGGAGCAAACCGUAAUUGAAAAUCCACAAGGAAACCCGGAUGACGUGGAGGAGAAAACAGAUACAGCAGACGCUGAUGAAAAGACUCGAGAGCUGCAGAUUUCAUUAAAUGUCUCAGAUGAGGACAAUGAUCAGAGUUCAUUAAUCCAAGUGGAUACCUCAGAAAUGGAACAUGAGGAAUAUUUGGAGAGGGAAAUGGAAAAACCAUCACCUGGAGAAGCUUCAACCAAGGAUGCCAAUGAUGACAAGUCAACAAUUAGGCAUGAACCCACAAUUGGGGAUGAAAUCAUAAGAAAAGUGGAAUUAUUCGAAACCAACAAAAAUAUAGACAGUACUUUGCCGGAGAAAGAAGACUUUCAGGAUGCUUCUGAGGUUCAUAAAGCCUCUACUUCAAGUGAAAAUAUAGAGUCAACUUCUUAUCUCAAGGAGCACAGCUUAACUGCAAAUCUUCAAGCAAUUACGAGUGACAAAACAAUUGAUGCAACGGAUGCGAAGGAGAAUGCUGCAAAAACAUUACCACAUGAGCACACUGAAGGGAACUCAAGUAUCCAAUUGGAUUGCCUACAUAUGAAACACGGGGAACAUCUGGACAGGGAAUGUGAAAUCCCACCUUUGUUAGAAGCUGCAAUUGAGGAAACCAAUAAAGACAAGUCAAAGAAUACACAUGAACCCUAUGAUGGGGCAGAAGACCCAAUAAAAUCUGAAUUAUCGGAAAAUGAGAAAGAUGCAGUAAGUACAUUGGUGAAGAAAGAAGCACACUUGGAGAAGCCUAUUGACUCCUUGCCAGUAGCUACUGAAGAUAUUGAAGCAACUGAUUCAAUUCAAGACAUUGAAGUAAGUUCUAUCAAGGAACAAAUCCUAUCUGCAGCUCGACAAGAAAUCUCAGUUGACAAAACAGAGGAAAAAACUAUUGAUGCAGCUGAAACAAAGGAGGAAACUCCUGAUGGACAGAUUUUUGAAACAAUUGUUUCAAAUGAGAAGACCAAUGAGAACCCACUGAUCGAAGGCAAUGGCUCACAAAUUAAGGAGUAUUUGGAAAAGGAAAGUGAAAAACCAUCCUCAAUAAAAGAUUUCACAGGGGCAGCCAAUGAUGAUGAGUUAACUCAAACGGAUGAACACAAAAUUGAGGAUGAAAACCAACAAAGAGCAGAAUUCUUUGGAAAUAAGAGAAAUACAGAGAGCACUUUGCUGAAGGAAGAACUGAAGAUAGAGGAGCCUAUAGAAUCCUUCAAUGCUACUGUUGAUGAUGUUAAAGUAUCUGAUUUGGGUCAACACACAGAAAAAACAGGUUUCAUGGAGGAGCAAAGAUUGAUUGAAAAUCCUCAAGGAAUCCAGGAUUACAAAGUGGAGGAGAAAACAGAAGGAGCUGACACUGACGAAAAAACUCGAGAGCUGCAGAAUGUUUUGAUAAAUGUCCCAAAUGUGGACAAUGACCAGACCUCAUUAACCCAAGUGGAUGUCUCAGAAAUGAAACAUGAGGAAUAUUUGGAGAAGGAAAUGGAAAUAUCAUCAUUAACAGAAGCUUCAACCGAGGAUGUCAAUGAUGACAGGUCUACAAUUAUGCAUGAAGCCAAAAUUGGGGUUGAAUCCAUAAGGAAAGUGGAAUCAUCCGAGAUUGAGAAAAAUGAAGACAGAACUUGGCUGGAGAAAGAGGACUUGCAGGAUGCUUUAGAUGCUUCUGAGGUUUGUAAAGCAUCUGCUUCAAUGGAAAAUAUUCAAACAACUUGUUAUCUCGAGGAGCAAAGCUUAACCUCAAAUCUUCAAGCAAUCACAAGCAACAAAACAAUUGAUGCAACGUACGCGAAGGAGGUAACUCUUGAGAAUGUUGCAAAAUCAUUAUCAUAUGAGGAAGCUGAAGAGAACUCAACUGUCCAGAUGGAACAUGAGGAACAUUUGGAAACAGAAAAUGAAAUCCCACUAUUGGCAGAAGUUCCAACCCAGGAAACCAAUGAAUACAAGUCAAAGAAUAUGCAUGAUGAAGACCAAAUAAAAUCUGAAUUAUCAGAGAAAGGAACAGUAAGUACAUCAGUGGAGGAAGAAACAAACAUUGAGAAGCCUCUUCACUCCUUGCAAGUAGCUACUAAAGAUAUUGAAGCAACUGAUUCAAGUCAAGACAUUGAGAUAGAUUCUACCAAGGAUCAAAUCCAAACUGCAGAUUCACAGGAAAUAUCAGGUGACAAAGCAGAGGAUAAAACUACUAAUGCAACUGACAAAGAGGAAAAGAUUGAGAUACAGGAUAUUGCAACAAAUGUUCCAGAUGGAGUCAACGAAGAUGACUCACCAAUUAAAGAAACUGGCUCACAAAAACCAUUUUUGGAAGAAGAGUCGAUGGGAAACCUCAAUAAUGAUGAGCCCAUCAUCAUCCAUGAGACCAAUUUUGAGGAUGAAAGCUCGAUAAAAACCAACUUGUCCAAAGAUGAGCACAAUAUAGAUUUUACUUCGGCAAAGGAAGAAGUAUCUAGUGAGUCCUCGCAAGCAGCUGAGAAGAUUAAAGCAUCUGCAUCAAGUCAAGAAAGAGAAACAAGCUCUCUAGAGGAGCAAAGCCUAACUGAAAAUCCUCAAGGCAUCAUGGGUGACUACAAAGAAGAUGAAACAAACCAUGUAAUUGACAUGAAGGAAGAAACUCCUGAGGAUAAGGAUGUAGCAUCAACACUUCCAUAUGAGGACAUUGAAAAGAGCUCACCAAUUCAAGUGGAUUGCUCACAAAAGGAACAUAUUGUGGAAAAGGAAAGUGAUGACCCAUCUGUGGAAAAAUCUUCAACAGGGGACACCACAGGAAGCACUUUGGUGGAGGAAGAACUGGGUGAGAAGUGUAUUGACUCCUUACAAGUAGCAACUCAAGAAAUCAAAGCAUCUGGUUCAGGUCAAGAUAUAGAAACAAGUUCAAUCGAGGAGCAAGUCCUAACUACAAACCAACAAGAAACCUCAAACGACAGAAUAGAGGAAAAAACUAUUGAUACAGCUUACAGAAAUGAAGAAACUCUUGAGGCACAGGAUAUUGCAACAAAUGCUCCAACUGGAGAAAAUGAUGAAAACUCACUACUCGAAACAGAUAGCUCACAGAAGCCAUUUCCAAUAUAUUCUUCAAAGAGGAACGCCAAUGGUGAUGAGUCAACACUUCUGCAGGAUGCCAAAUUUGAGGAUGAAGUCCUCUCCGAGCACAAGAAAAAUACAGAAGGUGGUGUGGUAAAUGAAGAAGUACAUACUGAGUCCAUUCGAGUGGCAGUGCUGCCAGAGGAUAUUAAAGCAUCUCCUUUGGGUCAAGAUAGAGAAACAUGUUUACUAGAGGAGGAAAACCUAACUCCAAAUCCUCAAGGAAUCAAAGGUGACCAGAAAGAGGACAAAACAAUUGAUGCAACUGACCUGAAGGAAGAAACUCCUGAGGAGAUGGUGAAAAUCAUGAAUAUUACAGCCACUAGUCCAAGAGAGAACACACAAAUUGAAGCAGACAGCUCAGAAAUGGAAUAUGAGGAACAUUUGGUAAAGGAAAGUGAAAAUCCAUCUUUGGCAGAAGCUCUGGAAAAGGACACAGAGGAAAGUGCUUCAGUGAAAGAAGAAGCACAGAUGGAAAAGCUUAUUGACUCUUUGGAAGUAGUUAGUAAGAAUAUUAAAGCAUACGAUUCCAAUCAAGUCGCAGAAAUAAGUUCUAUCAAAGAGCAAAUCCUAACUGAGGAUCCACGAGAAAUUUCAGGUGACAAAACAGAGGAAAAAUCUAUAGAUGCAAAUGCAAUGAAUGAGGAAAUUCUUAAGAAUCAGAAUACAGUUGUAAGUUUUCAAUUCUUGCGGCAGGACCUAGCAACAAAUGUUCCAGACAGAGACAACGAAGUUAACUCAACAAUCAAAGUAGAUGGCUCACAGAUGCCAUCUGUAGGAGAAGCUUCAACAGGGAAUGCCAAUGAUGAGUCAAAAGACUCCGGGCCUUCAAGUGAAGUCGAAAACAAAGAGCUGGAACCCGACACAGAGUUACCGAAAGAGAUUGAAAAUGCUGACUUUAAAGCAAAAACUAUGGAGUUCAAUGAGGAAGAAGGCUAUCUGAAGGAUCUUCAGAUGGCAACUGCAGUCAAUAUAGCAGCUCAUGAGGAACUGGUCUCAGAUUCAAUAGCUGUAAAGAUUCCCUGUACAAAAAGUUUAGAUGCUAAAGAAGAAAUGGUGGAUCUCGCUGAAGCUCCCAAUUACAAGCAGGAGGAAUCAUCCAUCACAAAAGAGUUAGAAGAACAUCUACCGAUAAGCCAUGAGAAGGUUACAAAUAUGACCAGCUUGGCGUCUGAAGCACCAAAGCUGACUGGUGAUUACGAAGUUGUUGCCAAAGCAUAUAAUUGCAGUGAUAAGACAGAUACAGAGAAAGCAGGAGAGCUAUAUGAUGGCUCCAUCACAAUAACAACAAAUGAGAAUCCAGUAGAAACAGAUAAAAAAGAAAGCACAGAUACAGAGACCCAAGCUGCAAAAGUAAAAAAAGAAGCAGAAUUAAUACAACCAGACCCAGAGGCAAGAACAGACCAGCAGGACAUAGAAGAAGAUCUUCCUACCAAGGGUUCCCAGGACGUCUCAGGAUCAAAUGAGGUGACUGCUGAAGAAAAGAAAAGAAAUUCAGAUAACUGCGAAGAAAUAUCAGGCAGUACCACCGAUGUGGUAUUAGGAGAUGUCUCAUCGUCCAAUGUGGCAUCAGAGGAAGUCUCAACAUACAACCCUUACCAGGAAUCCAGAAGGCAAAUACAGCAAGAGACUGGGAAUAAAGAAGCUCAAAAACAAGAGAAAACAGUAUGUAGACAGGAGAAAGUAAUGUCAGAUGAAACAGUAGAAGAAAUCAAAGUGUCUACAUCAACUACAGUAGCUAGCGAUUUCCUUCCAAAAUCUUUCAAAGAAACCUCAGAAGUAGAUCAUUCCGCCACUGACAGAGAGCUGACUACGGAUAAAGAAGGAUUGCACGAAGGAAAAACAGCAUCAGGUAAUGAAGAGACAAAAACUGAUACGAUCAACAAAGAAGAGGAAGCAAGCAAACACAAAGUAUCAGACUUCAGUUCUGCAGCUCUGGAGGAAACUUUCACUGGGAAAUUUUUGGGGGAAGCCAAUAUCUUUUACGAGACAGCCAAUACUACACAAAGCACGGUGGAGGACAUUCUUGUCAGUAAUAGGUCUAUUGUGGACCUUAAAGAGAAUUCAGAAGAUGAAGCUCCCAAAACAACAGAGUUGACUCCAACCACUACAAAAGGUCAAGAACUUGAGAGCACAACUGUUGGAGAAAUCUCUAUGUUGAUAUCUCAAGGUGAAGGAGGUAAAUAUGAGCAUGCACCCAGUGGCAGUGUGACUGAGGAAAAGUUGGACUCAGAUGAAGCUGAACUUGGACAUGGAGAGAACAGAAGUGAAUAUGAGCCGAAAAAUGAGGUGCUUGAGUCUAUUGCCCAAGUUCAAAAUUGUGACAGUGUCUCAGAAGCAGAAGAGACAAGAACAUGUGAAGAGAAUCGUGAAGCCACAGAAAUAAAAAGGUCCAACGAAGUUGUGGCGGAGGAUAUAUUUGAACCAAAAGAAACCAUCAACAUCAAUAUGUCAAGCAAGAAGAUCAAGGAAGAUGAUGAAGAUGUAGAAGAUUAUCUUGGUUCUCUUGAGGAAGAAGUGAUCACCGAAAGUCACUUACAAGAUGAGAUAAACACUGAAGAAUUAUUUGAGGCUAUAAAGAAAACAAAUGAAACAGAAAAGGUAUCUAAAGUUCUUGAAGAGCCCGAUGACAAAGCCACCGAAAAAACAGAAGAAAAUUUAGUCACAAAUGAAUCAAUUGAUAGAAGCCUGCUGGGAAAGUGCAUUGAGGAGGUGACAACAAUAUUAGACACUGAAGAGGCUGAUGGGAUAGACCAUGUAAAUAUAAAGACAGGAACCGAGGAUUCAAGAAAAGAGGAAAACCUGAUCCUUUCAGCAAGUGAAGGCAAUGAGGAAGCACAAACCUGUAUUGAGGCUGAGAGGCUUGGUUUUUCAUCUAAUACCAAGCAUACAUCAGAAGUUUCACGCAGUGACGGCGACCAGGAUAUUUCAGAAGACAAUAAAAACUCCACAUCCAAAAAUGAGUAUUUUGAAGAGAAAUAUCCAAAUAAAAGUAUGGAAUCCCAAAUGUCCGCAGUCAGCAAAGACAUUGAACUAAUAGAACAAGUCUCAAAAGCUACAAAAAUCACUUUGGAAAUGCAGGAAACAAGAGGAGCAAGUGAUUCCGGUGCUGAACCAGAAGCAACAGGGGUGGAUAGUCAACAAAUGGAGGAAGCAAGUCAUAAAUGCAAAGAGAUGGCAGAGACCUCCAUGUCAGUAGAACCUACUGAGGUUUCCACAUCAAAAAUAUUUCAGGAAUACGUGGCGGAAACCUCAUUGGAGGCCGAAGAUAACCUCACCACACUUCAUGAGUUCCCCCAAGAAUCACAUAUCAUGGAUUCUGUAGUGAAAAUCGCACAGAAAGAUGGUCCAAUUGAUCUUCAAAUUGUCAGCGAUAUAACUGAUCAGGAUGUGCAGGAGUUAAAUGAAGGCUCCAUUGCAAUGAUAAAUAAGGAGAAUCCAAUGGAGGUAGAUCCAAAUGAAAACAUAGAGAUCAGGUGCUCAGCAGAUUCAAUUCAGAAAGCCCCAGUGUUGGAAACUCUCGGGGAAGAGAUGGAAGAACAACAACCAGGAAGGACUUGUGAGGGUGUCUCAAAAGCAAAAGGGCUGGAUUGUGUAGAAAAGAAAACAAUAGCUCAUGAAUGCAAUGACUUGCUAGAGAAAUCCUCUAGUGCAGUGAUAGAAACGGUCUCAGAAUCCAACAUUUAUCACUGUUCUGCGGGCGAUACAGCUCAAACUGACAAAAAUAAAGAAGGUCAACUGCAAAUUGACUUUCGUCCUAUUUUGCUACACCCCAAAUGUUCAGAAACUGAAACAGCAGAAAAAGAUCUCCCAGUGAAUCUUGCAGGACAGUAUGGCACUGAUGAGAAAGAGCUAGAGGGAACCCCUCCGCCCGCUAAAGAUAAACAUGUCGUUCUGGAAGCAGAUCAUACAAAGAAUGUGAAUCCUGAUAAUUCAAUUGGGAACAAGGAUACCUCAGUAAUUGAACAUGGGGACUCUGCAGAAUUUUCUCAGGGUGAAGGCGAAACUCUAAAACCUUCUGGUUUUGAGCAAGACGCAGCAAAUUGCGGACAUGAUGAAAUGACCAAAUCUAGGGAGAACUCUGAAUCAAAAGAGAUAGAUAAGCAAUCACUGGCCGACCUUCUUCAUGUAUCCAUUAAAGAAACCUCAAAAAUGGCAGAUCAUUCCGCCACCGAAAAGGAGCCAACUACCCACAGAGAAGACCUGCAUGCAGAAAAACCUGAUGAGGCUGAGCAUGAAGGCACAAAAACUGAUGAAGAAAGAGAUGACGAAGAAGAAUCAAGUGAACAGCAAAGAGCAGACAUUUGUUCUGAAGCUCCGGUAAUGGUGGAUGUGAGGGAUGCAGAUGCCAAAGUUGCUCACAAGAAAUCACACAACAUACUCUCUGGCGUCGGAUCGAAAAUGAAGCAUUCAAUUGCCAAGGUAAAGAAAGCCAUCACCGGCAAAUCAUCUCACUCUCACCAAAAGCCGCCAUCCCCAAAGUAAGGUGAUCAAUCUCAAAAACAGCUUUCGCCUUUCAGUCAAAUUAUCGCUUCAAGUUUCUUGACUGUUUUGCUUACUUUUGUCAAGGAUUUGUAAAUUACUUUUUCACUUUUCAAGCUUAUGCAUGGGUUUUGUAAAUCUA